GGACUUUUAUUUUGGUGUGUUGACAUGACGUCAUAAGGCUGCGCCGAAUUCGUGCAUCUGUGAUUCUGCUGAAGAAAGAGUGUCCAAACACACAGAGAAACUCCUGGUGAAGCGACUGAGAUCCACGUGACACACUAUUAUAAAGAUGGAGUUUAUUAAAGAGGAGAGUGAAGACGUGAAGAUUGAAGAAACAUUCAGAGUCAAACAUGAAGAUACUGAGGAACAAACAGGCCUGAUGAAGCUGAAAGAGGAGAGUCAAGAUAUGAACGAAAUGGAAGAGAAUAAUCAGGAUGAGAAAUGUCAUGAUUUCAUGACUGGGGAAAAAUCUACUAGUUCCUCACAGACUCAUAAAACGAGAAUUCACAUUGAAGAGAAGCCUUACACCUGCAAACAGUGUGGAAAGAGUUUCAGUCGAAAAGGAAGCCUUGAAGCCCACUUGAGAGUUCACACUGGAGAGAAGCCGUUCAUAUGCACUCAGUGUGGAAGGAGAUUUAGACAGAAAAAAACCCUUAAUGCCCACAUGACAGUCCACAGUGGAGAGAAGCCAUUCAUAUGCACUCAGUGUGGAAAGAGAUUUAGACAGAGGAAAUACCUUAAUGGCCACUUGACAGUUCACAAUGGAGAGAAGCCUCACACCUGCAAUCUGUGUGGGAAGAGUUACACAAUGAAAGGAAAUCUGAAGACUCACAUGAAAGUACACACAGAAGAGAAGCCGUUCAUAUGCUCUCAGUGUGGAAAGAGUUUCAGACAUAAAGAAAGUUUUAAUAAUCACAUGAGGAUUCACUCGGGGGAGAACCUUUUUAAAUGUCAUCAGUGUGAAAGGAGUUUCACUGACAGUAAUCACCUUCAGAAUCAUGUAAAAAUUCACUCUGUAGUGAAGCCUUUCAAAUGCUGUCAGUGUGGAAAGAGUUUCACAAACAAAACAAAACUUCAGGAACACAUAAGAGUUCACACUGGAGAGAAGCCUUUCACCUGCCCUCAGUGUGGAAAGAGCUUCACGCUUAAAGGAAACCUUAAGCUGCAUAUGAGAGUUCACACUGGAGAGAAGCCUUACAAGUGUCUGGAGUGUGAAGAGUGUUUCACACAUCACACAGAACUGAAACGGCAUUUGCAAACUCAUGUAACGACUGAGACAAAUCAGACAAUUAUUUGUUAUAUUUAACAAAUAAUUGUUUAAAACUCACUCUGAGGUCAAGUUUUAUUGUGCUGAAGUCCCAGGUGAAACUACAUUUCAAUAAUGUACUUAAAGUGCUCUAUAUUUACACACUAUUUUUGUACUUAAUAUACUGCUUUUAAUUGUGCUUUUAAUAUACUAUCUCUGCAUUUA